AUGGCCAGCUUUAUCCUGACGCUUUCUGGCCCUGAUCGCCCCGGCAUCGUUCAUGCCGUCACAGCCUUCCUCGUCCAGCAUAACCUCAACAUUAUCGACUCGUCGCAAUUCGGUGAUCCAACGUCGCAACGCUUCUUUAUGCGUACACAGUUUGCAUCCGCUGGCGAGAAAAAUCCUGAGCUCACACAGCUCCGUACUGCCUUCGCGUCGACGGCAGAGUCAUUCGCCCUAGAUUUCGCGAUCUACCCCACUGCGCAAAAGCCCCGCGUGCUGAUCAUGGUGUCGAAGAUCGGCCACUGCCUCAACGAUCUACUUUUCCGCCAGUCCACCGGCCAGCUGAACAUUGAAGUGCCAUUGAUUGUUUCGAACCACCCGGACUUCACCCCUCUAGCCACCACCUACAACAUUCCUUUUCACCACCUCCCCGUCACCCCCGACACCAAGGCGCAGCAGGAGGCCCAAGUACUCGAGCUUGUGCGCCAGCUUAAUAUCGACCUUAUUGUGCUCGCGCGCUAUAUGCAGGUGCUAUCGCCGACGCUAUGCGAGGCGAUGUCUGGGCGGAUUAUCAAUAUUCACCACAGCUUCCUGCCUUCCUUCAAGGGUGCCAGGCCCUACCACCAGGCCUAUGAUCGCGGAGUGAAGAUCAUCGGGGCUACCGCACACUUUGUCACCAGCGAUCUGGAUGAGGGCCCUAUCAUCGAGCAGAAUGUCGUGCGUGUCAACCACGCCAUGAGCCCCAAGGAGCUCACCCAUGCCGGCAGCAAUGUCGAGAGUAACGUGCUGGCUUCUGCCGUCAAGUAUGUGACAGAGCGCCGCGUUCUGCUGAAUGGACACAAGACAGUGGUGUUCAAUUAA